AGUCUGUUUUCAAUAGUCCUACCUCACCUGUGCCCUCUCCAGGUAAUGGGAGUGAACCUGCAUCUGGACCAGCACAGCCAAAGAAAAUCCGAGGUGUUGGGUUUGGGGAUAUCUUUAAAGAAGGCUCAGUGAAACUUAAGACAAGAUUAUCCAGUAAUGAAUCAGAAGAUAAAAAGCCAGACAAGCCCUUACCUAACCUUCCCACUGGAACAAAGCUAAUUCAUUUCCCGAGUAUAACAAAAACUGAAAACUCACCAGAAGUAGUAAAAUCAGAAGCUGAAAGUAAACCAAAAGCUAAGGAAUAUUGCAGGACAAUAUUUUCCUAUGAAGGCUCAAAUGAUGAACUCAGCUUUAAAGAGGGUGAAAUCAUUCAAAUAAUCAGUAAGGACACUGGAGAGCCAGGCUGGUGGAAAGGAGAACUCAAUGGUAAAGAAGGAGUCUUCCCAGAUAACUUUGCUGUUCAAAUACAAGAGUCUGAUAAAGACUUCCCUAAGCCAAAGAAACCUCCACCUCCUGUUAAAAGUCCAGCUCCAAGGCCUGAAUUGCCAUCUGGAGAGAAGAAAUUCCCUGCUUUGAGGCUUGAAGAAAAAGAUGAAAAAGGAGCUUUGGAUCAGAAGCCUUUGAAGCCACAAGCUCCUCAAGUACCACCCAAGAAGCCUAUUCCUCCAAGCAAGACCAACAGCUUACUGAGAGCAGGGCUCUUGCACCCAAAACGUCCGGAUAAACCUGGUUUGCCAUCAUCUGUAUCCAAAACUAAUGGAGAAGUUGUUUCCCUUCGACCAAAAUCUGAGGUUGAGCCAGUAACAAAACCAAAGUUAGACUCUGAACCAUUACCGCUUAGACCAAAAUCAGUAGAGGUAGAUUCACUUCUGGUAAAGAGCUCUAAGGAAUCAGAUCUUUUAAGCUUUGAUGAUGUAAUAGCUACCUCAGAUAACCUGUCACACCCGACUGCGAGCCGGCCCAAGAUGCCUGGUAGGAGGCUGCCUUCGCGUUUCAAUAGCGCUAGUCCUGGAAGUGAAAAUGUGUGUCCAGAAAAAAAUUUGAAGGUGCAGAAAGAAGAAGAAAGUGCCAAACCAAAGCCAGUUGAAACAAAAAAGCCAUCUGCAUUCAGCCCACUAAUUCCAUCUUCAUCUCAGAGACCAAGUUCUGUCAUACUGGACUUUUUACCUGGAGACGUCCAACAUAAAGGAGAAGUGGAUGAUGAAAAAAUUUCUGUGGAAGAGCUCAGGACUCAGAUUAAUGAUUUGAUGGGUUUAGUAGAUGCAUUGAAGAAAGAACAUGGGAGAGAACUGGAAAAACUAAAGAAGGAUUUAGAAGAAGAGAAGCUGUUGCGAAGUACUCUGGAGCUUGAAGUAGAAAAAUUGAAGAAAGCAGUGAUGUCUACAUGA